AUGUCCUUCCCCCAGCUGGGCUACCCGCAGUACCUCAGCGCCAGCCAGGCGGUGUACGGCAGCGAGCGGCCCGGGGUGCUGGCCGCCGCCGCCGCAGCAGCCGCCGCCGCCGCCGCCGCCUCGGGCCGGCCCACAGGCGCCGAACUGGGCAGCGGCUCGGCCGCUGUCACCUCCGUGCUGGGCAUGUACGCGGGGCCCUACAGCGCCCCCAACUACAGCGCCUUCCUGCCCUACACCGCCGACCUCGGCCUCUUCUCGCAGAUGGGCUCCCAGUACGAGCUGAAAGAUAAUCCGGGUGUCCACCCUGCUACCUUCGCAGCCCACACCGCCCCCGGCUAUUAUCCCUACGGACAGUUCCAGUACGGGGACCCGGGUCGACCCAAAAAUGCCACCCGGGAGAGCACCAGCACCCUCAAGGCCUGGCUCAAUGAACACCGCAAGAAUCCCUACCCCACCAAGGGUGAGAAGAUCAUGCUGGCCAUCAUCACCAAGAUGACCCUCACCCAGGUCUCCACCUGGUUCGCCAACGCCCGCCGCCGCCUCAAGAAGGAGAACAAGGUGACCUGGGGCUCCAGGAGUAAGGACCAAGAAGAUGCCAACCUUUUUGGCAGCGAUAACGAGGGGGACCCUGAGAAGACCGAAGACGAUGAGGAGAUUGACCUGGAGAGCAUAGACAUAGAUAAAAUUGAUGAGAACGAUGGGGAACAGAGCAAUGAGGAAGAGGAGGAGAAGCCCGAGCUCCUGAGACAAAGCAGUGAAGAGGAGCGCUUGGAAAAAGACAAGGAUUUGGCACUGUCAGGAUCUGAAGGGCUGAAUCCCAAAGAUGCUCUGGCCAUGGUGAAGGAGGCCUCUGACAACAGCACGCGAAUCAUCAGCCCCGGGGGACAGAGCAAUUUACAGAUGCCAUCUCACAGCAAACCCAAGAUCUGGUCUUUGGCAGAGACUGCGACCAGCCCCGAUGGUGCCCUGAAAUCCUCCCCCCCACCACCUCCCCCUGCCCAGGUCACCCACACUUCGCCACAGAUCCAGCAUCCCGCUUUUCUCCCCAGCCAUGGACUCUACACAUGCCAGAUUGGCAAGUUUCACAACUGGACAAAUGGGGCUUUCCUCACACAGAGUUCCCUGCUAAACGUGAGGUCGUUUUUGGGAGUAAAUCACCACCAUGCCACUCACCACAACCACCACCUCCAGGCCCAGCAGCAGCCUUCUGUUUUAACAGCCACCCUGGGAGCCCUAAGCAGUGAAAAGCCUUCAGAGAAGACCAGUCCCAAACACAUAGAAAAUGUCCCAAGAAACGAUUCCCCACCUCAGCCACUCAAAUCGCCCUUCCAGGCUGUCCGUGACAACUCUUUGCCUCAGCAAGAGGGAACACCGAGAAUUUUAACAGCUCUCCCUUCCGCUUGAUUAAAUGGUUUGCUGGAAAACAAAAUAUUACAGAGACUGGUCUUAAGGACAGGAGAAAAAAAAAAAAAAAAAACCAAAACAAAACAAAAAGAAAGAAAGAAAGAAAAAGGAAACGAUAUAAACGACUCUCAUCCAUCUCUUUUUUGCAAUAAGGUGGUGCAAAUCCAUAGAGGCGAUUAAGCAAUUCUGUAGAUGGAUCCCCUCCUUCAUUGUACCAUUUCAGAUCGUGUUAUUCUAACCAUUCUUGGAUUAUUUGUUUGGUAAAUGUUUCCCAUGUGUUUGUGUUAUUUCUGUAUAUAGAGUGAUUUCAGACUGUAAAUAGCGCGUCAGCAAAACUUGUCUAAAUCAUAUAUUUUUGUCUAAUAAACUAAAUGAAAUUACGAGCUCUUUCAGGUAUGUAUUCUUGAAAAUAUAUUACAAAUCUAGCCAAACAUUUCGAACUUGCUUUCUUAAAACUCGAGACUUUUUGCCUUCGGGUAGCUGAAACUCAGUAUGCCAAAUCCCAUCUGUUGGUAGCCCUCCAGCUAUCCUAUCGACAGCAAACUGCGAGUUCCCUUUUCACCCACGUAAAUCUAAGCAAAGCGAAGCUGACCCCUGAGUAGUGAAUUUAGUUAUUUUGUCCAUUAUGAUGAAUCAGGCUUGUUCCACACUAUUCAUUUUUCGGAUAUAAACGGACUCUACUUCCACUUGUGCUGUAGAAUGCAUUCUUGAAAACGAAAAGGAGAAGGCUUCUCACAGUUCCCUAUGUAUAUAACUUUGCUGUCCAGACCCUUUUCUAUGCUGGAUGAAGAGCUCUGGUGCUGCAGCACACAUUCUGACCGAAGCCGGAAAAUAAUAGAUUAGGACAUAAUUUGUAACGAUUUACUCAUUACAUAAAUACAGAGGAAAUGUGACGGUGAAAUAUCUUUCCCCACGAGAUGAAGCACGAUCGUAGCAUAGAGAAGUGGCAGCUCUGGCACUUCCCAGAAGAAAGUUCUCAGAUUCCGAUCUGUCGGUUAAAAAGAGGUUUUCAGACAAUCUACCGGUUUAUAAAGGCAUUAAUCUUCCAAGGACUGUCCGUUAAAAUGUGUAAUAUUUUGAGUGUUUCCUUCUUUUUUUUUCUCCUAAAUGAGAACACUAAAUGAGCAUUGAGGUGCUAAUAAGAUACCAGAUGGUUGUUGAUGGUGGAAAAUGGAAAGAAGCAGCUGGGAAAGUCAUUAAGAAAUAAUGUGGUGACGCCCUAACCAAACCGAACCAACCUCAAACCAGGGCUUGUCGGAAACAAGAUGAGAUUGUCGAAUAAAGCAUUAAUAAAAUUCGGUUCGGAGAUCCGAAUAUUGAUCUCGAUUUAGCUUCCCAGCCCUCGCAAGUACGGACGGGUGUUGGUGUGCUAUCACUGCGGGAUCUCUUGGCGAAGGGGUGGACUUCUGCUGUCGCGUUUUUCACACGGAUCGGGGCAUAGAGCAGAGGGAUUUGUACAGAGAGGGCUGAGAUGCUCAGCGCUGUCGUUCUGCGGAGGUCCCGUUUGACAGCACAGCAUCAGCUGCUUCGCUUUCCGUACGAGACCUGUUUUCCUAAAUCACAGGCAGCUUUUGCGGUGGUAACGGUGCCAACAAAAAAACAGAGUGCAGUUUUAAGCAAACCAUAAUAACGCGGUUUUCAGAGGGAAAAGGAAGAGAGAAGAUGUUCUUAAAAAUAAAAGAAAGGAAAAAAA